GCUUCGAAGUAAUAUCAAAGCAACCCACAUAAACGAGUGAGAGAGAGAGAGAGAGAGCACACAGAGAGAAGCAAACCCUUGUAAAACCCUUUCACAAGUAGAAAGAAGCAGAGUAGAGUUAGGGCUCGGAGCUUUCUCUCUUCUUCGAAGACGAACACAAGCUAAGAAAUUCAAUGGACAUCGAUUUGAAAGCACCUGAGGAAACCGCAUCGGCAAUGCAAAUGGACUCGGAGGAAUUGUCUGAAUCUAAAGCUAAAGAGAAAGAUGAUAUCACUAAGUCAAUGGGCAAACUACAUAUGGAGGAGUCAUCAUCUGCCCAGGAAGGGACAUUAUCAAUUACAUUCAAGAAAAAGCCAGUUAUCAUUAUUGUUGUAGGAAUGGCUGGGAGUGGGAAAACGACGUUUCUUCAUCGGUUGGUGUGUCACACACAAGCUUCAAAGAUGCGGGGUUAUGUGAUGAACCUUGACCCUGCUGUCAUGACACUCCCAUAUGGUGCAAAUAUUGAUAUAAGAGACACUGUUAGGUACAAGGAAGUGAUGAAGCAGUUCAAUCUAGGUCCCAAUGGAGGAAUAAUGACAUCGCUCAACUUGUUUGCAACAAAGUUCGAUGAGGUUAUAUCAGUUAUUGAGAAGCGAGCAGAUCAGCUCGAUUAUGUUCUUGUCGACACUCCUGGUCAGAUUGAGAUAUUCACGUGGUCUGCUUCUGGAGCAAUAAUAACAGAAGCUUUUGCUUCAACCUUUCCCACUAUAAUUACUUAUGUAGUUGAUACACCUCGUUCUGCCAAUCCAUCUACUUUUAUGAGCAAUAUGCUUUAUGCUUGUAGCAUCCUUUACAAGACAAGGUUGCCUUUGGUAUUGGCAUUCAACAAGACUGACGUGGCUCAACAUCAAUUUGCUUUGGAGUGGAUGGAAGACUUUGAGGUAUUUCAUGCGGCACUAGAUUCAGAUCACUCGUACUCUUCAACCCUUACUAGAAGUUUAUCUCUUGCUCUAGAGGAGUUUUAUGCGAAUUUGCGAUCUGUUGGAGUAUCUGCUGUCUCUGGUGCUGGGAUGGAUGCUUUCUUCAAGGCCAUUGAAGCAAGUACUGAAGAGUACAUGGAAACUUAUAAGGCUGAUCUGGACAAGAGGCGAGCAGAGAAGCUACGGUUGGAGGAAGAACGUAGGCGGGGGAACAUGGAGAAGCUAAGGAAAGACAUGGAGAAGUCCAGGGGGGAAACUGUUGUCUUGAGCACAGGCUUGAAGGACAAAGAAGCUGCUGGCAAGGCCAUGGUGGAGGACGAAGAUGAGGAAGAGGAAGAUGAAGACAAUGACUAUGAGAGGUUUACUGAGGACGAGGACGAGAUAGAUGAGGAUGAAGACGAAGAGAUUGCCAGCUUUUCAUUUUAACUUUUACGAAUUUUUCCUGGCAAAUUUUCAUGAAACAAUACUUUGUAUAGGGCAGUAACUAAACCACCUUUUCGAAGGCACACAGGUCGGCCUGACUUAUUUGUAAGAUGAGAUAUUGUCCUUGGGUGCUAGUUGUCUGAUAACCCUUUCUGGACUUCAAAUUAGUCUAAUGGGUUUGCUUAAACAAGUA